ACAUCCACCUCACCGCCCCCACCUUCAUUCUCCGCUCCGCUCCGUACACUCAAUGUAAACACCGCUAGCGCUCCGGCUUUGUCUUUGAGCCUGUGGCUGGAGCUCCACUCGCCAUGCCAUGGAUACUUUAUGGCAAUACCAGUUCAGGAUCAUUUUACUGGGGGACUCGACGGUGGGCAAAUCAUCUUUGCUCAAGAGGUUCACGGAUGGCGUAUACAGCGAUGUAGCGGACCCGACGGUCGGGGUGGAUUUCUACGCCCGUUCAGUAGACAUCGAACCUGGGGUUAAAAUCAAACUACAGCUAUGGGAUACAGCCGGACAGGAGAGAUUCAGGUCCAUCACCACUUCCUACUAUCGCAACUCUGUGGGCGGCCUCUUAGUCUUUGACCUGACAAACAGGAAGACCUUCGAUCACGUGCGGGAGUGGCACCGAGAAGUCAGCGAGCACAUCCUGCCUCAUCACAUGGUCUACAUCCUAAUCGGCCACAAGAGCGACCUGAACCGCGACCGCAAGGUGACGCGGGACGAGGCGGAGCAACUGGCGGCCGAACUCGGCAUUCGCUACGUGGAGACGUCAGCCAAGUGCAACAGCAACGUGGAGCGUGCUUUCGAGCUGCUCACACGGGACAUCUAUGAGCUGAUGAAGAUGGGUGAGAUCUCCACGCGUGACGGCUGGGACGGGGUCAAGAGCGGCCUCACCGCUAAAGUUCUCUAUCCCGCCGAGGAGGAGGCGGAGCGAGAAAAGAGCUGCAACUGCUGACUCCCACGACUCACCUGUAAUCGCUCACCUGUGUAUCAGUCAGUCGUCGCUCACCUCGGCUUUCACUAACGUGUCGCAUCAUGGUCACUGCCUCAGACCUGGACCGCUGCACUUACCUUGUUGUCGCUGUCUGAGGUUGAUGGUACAAGCCACUCAAAGGUGUAGUAUAUUUGGGCUUGAAUGGACAGGCCCUGCUUCAUAUUGUUGGAGAUCACACCAUGUUCUAAAGUUUGCAGCUUGUGGAUAAUAUGUGGAUAAACAUUUUUAGAGUCUAGUUGUACUUCACAUCCUCUGGAGCUAUAGUAUGGUUUAUUUGGCUUGUUUCUUUCCCUUUAAUCAUUAUUACUGUGGUACAGUUAACAUUUAGAGAGAACAUCUAAUGACUGCAAUCUCAUCUACACUUAAAGACUUUAAAGACCCCGUAAAAUGACUUGAUUACAUGGUUUCCUUCCCUGUGUUGACAUUCCUUAAUGAAACAUGAAGUUGGAGAUGGACAAAUGGCAAGUCCUUAAAACACUAUCCAAUAGCCUUUAGUUAAUGUCAGUGCAAUGAAACGUGAUUUGCUACUUCCUAUUGUCAGUCACUGGCAGGUGGUAUUUGGAGAAAGACAUUCGAGAGCAAGUAGCAAAAUACUGUAAAAUGUGUGUGUUUUUUAAUAGGUUUUUAGGAGUAUACAUAGCACAUAAAUGCCAUCUAUAUUCAUAAGAGAUUCAUUUUGAUUAUCUGGAGUUUUUAAGUAAGAAGAAUAUGAGGAAGUGAAAACAAUUGUUGAGUUGUAGAUGUAAUUUCAAAGUUAAAAGGCAAGACUAAGGGGCUGUUCACACAGAAGGCAUUUUACCAUUCCAAAGUGCUACUUUUCCAUUGUAUUUCUAUGUAAACUCACAUUUCACGUCUUUUGCAGCGUCUCGCACAUGAGCGGCACAUUUUCAAGAUGCCGUGUCAAGUUAAAAGCAUUUAAACUUUUACACACAGCGCCGCUCAUCAAUGUCUGUUCCAAAACAGUGGACCAAUCAGAAGUCCACAGAGGCGGGGCAAGCAUUGUAUGCUUUUGUUUACAGAAGCAAGUAGGGAUGGCAACAUGGCAUUGAGAGCAACAUGGCGGAUGAGGGAAUUAUAGACGGUUUCAUCGGACACCAGCGCCUGGCCCGAAGUUAACUUCUGGUAUGUGCUUGUUUAUUGGUCUGUCUAGUUACCGGGGAAGCUGCUUCAAAAGCACCUCCUGCUGGCAGAGAAUGAAUUUGCAUUAUUAGUCAGCCCGUCUGAUUUACGCAGCAAACACCCAUAGCAGAGUUGUACAUUUGAUCUGGUACACGUAUAUUAAUUUCCGGCGAGAAUGGAUCACUGUUGUGUGAAGAGAGGCUUGGCAGCCAGUCAAGACGUAAGUUUAACUUGCUAGCUAAUGUAACUUACUUGUUAUAUGUUUUGCUUGUUACCAGAAAUAUUCUACUCUAGAGGGGCUCUGUUGUUAUUGAUUCUAAAUCUACCAUAAUUUAGGUUUGGGCCACAAAAGCAUGCAUGCGCAGUAACGCUUGUUAUGUUGUUGCCGUUGAAACCGUCUAUAGUGGCUGUGGCCGGAUAUGCUAAAUUAUACAAUUUCUUUAAGCGAUUAUCACAACUAUUUCCUGAUAGCACACGUACAUCACAGAGACGUCUAUUUGACGUCUGCAUUUACAUCUGGAAGAUGUAUUUUUUUACAGUGUGUGCUCAUCUGCAAUACCUCUAUAGGACGUUUCCUAUCAGAUGUCAAAUAGACGUUGAUUCAAUGUCUUUAAGAUGUUUAUGAUUUAGAAUGUAUGUAAAAUUGACAUCUUACAGACGCCUGUCAGAUGUUUGUGCACAGAAGAUGCUUUCCAGAUCAAGUGAUUUUUAACAGACAUCUUGCAGAUGUACGUGUGCUAUCUGGGUUAUCACAUCUAUUCUGCUGUUUGGCUUUUUUUCUGUUAUUUAAGUUAUUGCAUCAAAUCUCAAAAGCACAUCUCGAGGCUCUGGCAUUCUGUUCUAUGACUUUUCUAAAACCAUUUACACAUUUUUAGAUGCAAAGACAUGUUCUAUGUGAACGACCCUUGAGGGGGUUUACACAACACUGUUUUUAACUAAAAACAAAACUGUUUAUGCAUUUUGGCCAUUCAUGUACAUGACAAUGUCACUUUGGGGGUUUGAAAACACUUUUGAAAAAGGUUUUCAAAGUGUAUGUUUUUGGAAACAAUGCCAUUGUCAUCUCCGUCACUAUAAAAAUGCAAAUUUGUGAAAGUGAUGACAUCAUGAGCAUGUGUAUUAUGUGUUCACAUGGCAUGUGAAAGCUUCUUUACGAAGUGACAUCGCCACCUACUGGCCUGGCAUGAAUAGUCAACGAUUUCAGUGGUUUUUGUUUUGUUGAUGUCUGUAGGCACAAAUCUUCAAAAACACAAAGGAAAAAUUUACAGUUUUGUAGUAGCUUGUCACCGUGUAAACAUACCCUAAACCUCCUCUCUGACUGAUCGCUGGGUCUGCAAACAUGAUUUCGCACAUUAUUCAGCACUGCAUUACUUAAUACCACUUUGUGUGUUACAGCCCAAAUUUGGCAAACAUUAUUAUGUGCACAGAGCCAAAAUACUGUAAUAACUCAAGAAAUAAUCAUGAAUACAACCAACCUUAAAACGUCACCUUGCUAUUAUUAUGAGUAAUAUUUUGUAAUAUUUUUUGAUGUGUAGUAUUCAUUCUCUAAAAUAUUACAUAUACAAAGGAGCAUAAUCAUGUCUUCUAUUUUAAAAUGUAGUGACCUGCCAACCUAGACAGCAUAAUAGUGCAUCAUAGACACAUUCCUGACACAAAGGCUGUUUCCAAAGAUAGUCAGCAACAUUAUGCUGCUUUCUAAGACGCCAUAUUUUGACAGCAGCUCAUGUAUAUAACUGCAUCUCAUUCAAUACUGGAAGAUAUUAGUCUAAUUAAAUUCACUAUUUUACCCAGUAUUUGUGGUGCUAUGUAUAGUGUGUGCUUAUUAGAGUAUCACAGCAUGCAAACAAGUCUACAACAAAUUGCCACCUAUGUGUAGCAUUACAAAUGAGUCACUGAUUGGUUCAGAUGUCGCCUUACACCCAAAGUAUCAACAGUUUGGGCGUGAAAACUUAGUAUUGGAGUAUUGCCACAUGAGCAAUCUGGCUAUGCUUGAACUAUGCUGAUGAUUACAUUUACGUCACUCUCAUUGUACACAUACUUAAAAUCUGAAGUAUACUUUGAGCUCACUAGAUUGGGACAGGGCUGUAGAGAAGAAAAAACAAAACAUGCUCAAUACACACAAUACUCCAUAUGCUGGAUUGCAGCAUUAGCAAGACUGUAUAUUUAUGUACUUCACCCAGCUGAGCUAAACGAGCACUCACCUGCUGUUGUUUACAUCUAACGGCAAUAUAACAGGUGGAAAAAAAAAAUCCAUCGACUUACUGGAAAUGCACACCAGGAACAAUAACUAUAACAACUGUGACAUUUUAAUAAUCAUUAUAAUUUUAUAAAAAUAGAGAUGUCCACACUACAGCUAUUAUGGUAUAACAACACAGAGGAAUGACAUUUUCAGAAUAACUGUCAGACUGUUUUUUUUCCAGCUGAUAAACAAUAACAACAUUGACGCCCAAUCAGACUCCACUUGACAUUUCACGUGAGCAUUUAAAGUGGCGAACAAAGAUCUGCAGUGCAUGCUUAUAAUAGACAAAAUGUUAUCAUGCAUUGAUGUGGGUGCUAUUAUAGUUAUCAUAUUACUCAAAGUUAUCAUUCUUGGUGUGCAAGAAGGACCUGAGAUCUACACACAAGAGACUUGUGGGCAUAGAGAUGCUAAAACGACCACAUAUAGUAGCGUUCCUCUGGCAAACGCCCACAAGCACCACUAAAAAUGUAGUUUCUUGUAUGGAGGUUGAACUCACUAACACCAGGAUCGUGUCUCAGGCACUGACUGUAUAUGACACCAAUAGUCUCUGAGUAACCCAGACCAUAUACUGCCUCAGAUCAUGGCAGCUAUCAGGAACUCUUCAUCUCACCAGCAUGUCAGCGAGACUUCAGUCAUGCUUGCUGUACAGAGAUUUUACAGGCAGCAUAGCUGAGAGUCUUAGUUCCAUCAUGUGCCGUCGGCUUUACUGGGUGUGUUUGUACAUACAUUUCUGUAUGGCUAAAUGUACUGUAAAUAGCAGCAGGGCGCAUGUACUUAAACAUCAGGUGAGGCUUUGGCAGAAGCUAAAGGUUUGUGUGGCUUAACCGCAGGUCAUCAUAAUGUCUCCUUAUACUACGCAUAUUUUAAUACAGAGCUAGUAUGAAAAUAGCCUAUGGGAAAGUCUUGUUGGUGCCAGAAGAACAUCAGAAUUGUGCAAUUAGUUACAAAUAUUUUGAAGUAUGAAAUUCUCCCAAACUGCCAAAUCUUCUAUGUAAUAUAUCAUAGAAAAACUAAAAUGUUCAUAUUCAUUCUGCAGACUUUUCCUCACAGUGUGCACAGAAAAUGAAUAAAGUGUGCAGAUUCUGCUUUUGAUCCGUGUGCUGUAGGACAAUCAGGUUGCUCAUUUUCACUGCUUUAUUGUGGAGAUGAAAAAAAACAUCAAAUGAAUGUGAAUGAGGUUGCAGAAACUGGCUGUGUAUAAACUUUUACAAUGAAAUGAGUAAAUAACUCCAACUUUUUGUCCAACACUACAAUUUAAAAGACACAGGGUUUAUUUGUACAGUUUUUUUUUUUUUUAUUAAGUAGUAAUAGUACGCGCUACACCACAACUGCUUUGGUUGAGACAUGGCAAAUAUUGAAGGUAAAUCAGACCAUGAACACAAUAAACACACUUUGUGGACAAAAUACCCACCAAUCUGCUAAAUGUGAGCAAUUUUAAAUAAGUUAUGAGCUGUGGACACAAAGUUUACAGGGGUGGGAAACAGAUGAGAAUGAGAGAUGUUAAUGUGUUGGAUUAAGGCUAAAUUUACCACUGCAAUUCUCACGUGUAAAAACAGUCAAAUGCAGUGUCAAAAUCCUUGUGGAAUCAUUUUCUAAACUUGACAUUUAAAAUUCCAAUGAGUUGAUUCGAUUAGAUUCUUCUACCUUUGUAAUAUUUAACGACGUGUGUUUACAUGUAUAAAUAUUCAAAUGAAGACCUGAAUGGACUGUAAAAUGUGACCGCAUUGCUGUUGUGUUGUGGUCACUGAAUGGUUUUGCACAAUUUAACUAGUUUCUAUGGUAACUGCAUUCAUUAAUUACUUACUCAUGGCAUAUUUAACUGCACAUUUCUUCUCAAGUACUAGUUCACAUAUGAAUGCAUUUAUUAAAACAGUAAUAAAAAUAAUGUAUAUUUUCCCUAAAUUGUUCAAAUGGUGGUGCCAAAUACAUUGUACACGCCCCCUGGUGGUCAACAAAGAACAGCUCUGUGACCCCAUUUUAAGAAAACUGGUUGCAGGGAAAUAAAUCAAAUAGCUAGUGUAAAUGAAAUAGGUUUAUUGUGUAUUAUAGAUAGAGAAUAGAACAUUUCAGCAUAACAGCAGGGCUUUCAUUAGUCACCCACUGUCCAUUCUAGUCAUAUAAACACAUCUGUACAGGUCUUCAUAGGGG